AUGGCGUAUACAUUGUCCACCACAAAGACUUUCACCAACAUAAACUGCUCAAACAUAACCAGCUUUAAGCCCCUCAAGCUUCCUCUUUUCUGGCCAUGGCAAAAGGUAAAAAUGGGUCCUUUGAGUGUUUCUCCGAUGGGUUUUGGGACAUGGGCUUGGGGAAAUCAGCUUCUUUGGGGAUAUCAGACUUCCAUGGACGAUCAGCUUCAGCAAGCUUUCGACUUGGCUUUGCAAAACGGGAUCAAUUUGUUUGACACUGCAGAUUCUUAUGGCACUGGUAGGCUUAAUGGCCAAAGUGAGAGACUUUUGGGGAAAUUCAUCAAAGAAUCUCAAGCCUUAAGAGGGAAACAAAAUGAGGUUGUGAUAGCUACAAAGUUUGCAGCUUAUCCAUGGAGGUUAACUUCAGGACAGUUUGUGAAUGCUUGCAGAGCUUCCUUAGACCGGCUUCAGAUAGACCAGCUCGGGAUCGGACAGCUUCACUGGUCAACAGCAAACUACGCACCUCUUCAAGAGAUUGCUCUUUGGGAUGGUCUAGUUGCAAUGUACGACAAGGGGCUGGUUCGAGCGGUUGGAGUUAGUAACUAUGGACCUCAACAGCUUGUGAAGAUUCAUGAUUACCUCAAAACCAGAGGUGUUCCUCUAUCCUCUGCUCAAGUGCAGUUCUCAUUGCUAAGCAUGGGCAAAGAGCAGCUAGAGAUCAAGAGCGUAUGCGACGAGCUCGGGGUUCGUUUGAUCUCUUAUAGCCCUCUUGGUUUAGGAAUACUAACCGGAAAAUACUCCUCCACAAAGCUCCCCACUGGUCCACGAUCAUUGCUGUUUCGACAAAUUCUUCCUGGACUAGAGCCUCUGCUUUUAGCAGUUAGAGAGAUUGCAGAGAAACGAGGAAAGACUAUGCCUCAGGUUGCAAUAAACUGGUGUAUAUGCAAAGGGACAGUGCCUAUACCGGGGAUUAAGUCGGUUAGGCAUGUUGAAGAUAAUUUGGGUGCAUUGGGAUGGAGACUUACAAAUGAUGAACAGCUUCAGUUAGAAUUUGCAGCUCAAGAAUCACCAAGAUCCAUGAUUCAGAACAUUUUUCAGACAAGAUGA